AUGAAUGAAAAGAUAGAGAAUGAAGAUAAAGUUGCGGUUGUCACUGUGGAGGAUGCCAAUAAGAUCAAGUUUGCCAAAGUGCAUCGUCCCGAAAGAACCAAGACUAUCCAAACCAUUGACACAGUUGCCUCUCGCAGACCUUCCAUCAGUGCUCCCAAGCGUCCUGAAAAGAAGCCUAAGGCUGAAAAGAAGAAUGUCGAUAUUACUGAACAUCUGCUCUCUCCCGAAGACUGUGCUGCCAAGUACCAUACAGAUAUCAACGUGAAGAAGGCUUCUGACUCACGCGGCCUUACUGCUCAGCAAGCUGCUAACAUCUUGACUGAAACUGGCCCUAAUCGAUUGACGCCACCAAAAAAGCGACCUGCGAUUUUGAAGUAUUUCGACUGUGUCAUCAAGCUCUUCAAUUUACUCUUGAUUCUGGCUGGUAUUCUCAACUACAUCCUCUUGGCAAUCGACUUUAAGGGAAACUUUCCUAAUACUUAUUUGGGUGCCAUUCUUAUUGGUGUUGCCUUGCUGAACGCCUUUAUUGAGUUUUACCAAGAACAAAAAUCACAGGCUUUGCUAGACUCUUUCCUUGACAUGGUUCCUGCCAGAUGUAUGGUGAUUCGUGAUGCCAAGGUGCAACAAAUUGAUGCUGUUGACUUGGUGGUGGGCGAUGUCGUCUUGGUGCGUAUGGGCGAUAAAGUGCCUGCUGAUCUCUUCAUCUUCUCUGCCUCGGAUCUCAAAGUCGACAACUCUCCUCUCACUGGUGAAUCAGAUCCUCAAGAGAGAGGCGGCACCAAUACUCAAAAGAACGUAUUUGAAGCCGAAAACAUCAUCUUCAACGGCACAUUGGCUGUUUCAGGUGAAGGUUAUGGUAUCGUUGUGCGCACUGGUGAUGGCACCGUAUUAGGCCAAAUUGCUGGCUUAACUGCGGGCGAAGCUAAAUCAGAGUCUCCACUAUCACAAGAGAUCUCCAAGUUUGUAAAGAUCAUCGCUUCCAUUGCUCUCGUCACUGCAGGCAUCUUCUUUGGUAUUGGUUUCCCUGUCAACAAUGGCAACGUCUCCCUCACAUUGAACUUUGCUAUCUCUGUCUUUGUCGCUUGGGUGCCUGAAGGUCUGCCAGCCACUGUUACUAUCCUGUUGACUAUCUCUGCCAAGCGUAUGGCUGCUAGAAACGUACUCGUCAAGGAUUUGCAAGGCGUGGAGACAUUGGGUGCUAUCACGCUAUUGGCUACUGACAAGACAGGUACACUGACUCGCAAUCAAAUGACGGUAACCUAUGUGUGGACCUGCCUCACCAUGAGAAAUGUCAUGGACAAGCAAAAUCAAAAGGGCCCUAUUUUGGAAGAACCCGGUGUGCGCGACAUGCUGAAUAUUUGUACCUUGAACACAAAGGCCAAAUUUGAUCGUGUCGACGUCCCUGUGUCUCAACGUCAAAUUCUCGGUGAUGCUACUGAAACUGGUCUGGUGCGUUUUGCUGCUGAUCAGUUGGGCAAACAAUUUGAUACACUUCCUGAUGAGUUCCCCAAGGUGUUUGAAAUCCCCUUCAACUCUGACAAUAAGUGGGCGAUGACAAUUCACAGAAAAAAACACGCUAACGGUUCAUUGACUCUGUAUGUCAAGGGUGCUCCCGAAAGAGUCCUCAACCUCUGUGAUAAGAUUCUCUUGGAAGACGGCUCCUCUGUUCCUCUGACUGAUAAACAUCGCGCUGCUUUCCAAGAAACCUAUGUUCACUUCGCUAGUCAUGGUCAUCGUGUUAUCGCAUUUGCUCAAGACUUGCUAUCUGAAAACGAAUACCCCUCUGAAUUCAAGUUUGACAAGUCUGCUAAGAAUUACCCCAUGUCUGGUAUGACGUUUGUGGCUCUCUGCUCCUUGGAGGAUCCUCCAAAGCAUGGUGUCCGUGAAGCGAUUGGUAAAUGUAGAGAGGCCGGCAUCAAGCCUGUAAUGGUUACUGGAGACCACCAGCUGACAGCUGAGGCUAUCGGUCGCAAGAUCAACUUGAUGGUGGGUGAUACUAAGGCAAUGGCAGCUCAACGAUUGAAUUGCUCUGAAGACGAGGUCCCUGAAAAUGAAUACAACAGUAUUGUGAUCCACGGUGACGCCAUUGACACACUUACCGAUGAUGAUUGGGAUCUUAUCUUUUCCAAGGAUGAGAUUAUCUUUGCUCGUACUUCGCCCAAACACAAGCUUGAAAUUGUUAAACGCGCUCAAUCCAUGCGACACAUUGUAGGUGUCACCGGUGAUGGUGUCAAUGACGCUCCUGCUUUAAAGAAGGCCGAUCUCGGUAUUGCUAUGAACAUUUCUGGCUCUGACGUGUCAAAGGAUGCUGCUGCCAUGAUUUUAUUAGAUGAUAACUUUGCCAGCAUUGUCUCUGGUAUUGAAGAAGGCCGCUUGAUCUUCGCCAACUUGAAGAAAUCGAUUCAGUACACCAUCAGCCACUCCAUGCCUGAAGUCAUCCCCAACUUGCUCUAUGUCAUUGUGCCUCUUCCUUUGCCUUUGUCUGCUAUUCUCAUCUUGGUGAUUGAUUUAGGCUUUGAGUUGUUUGCUGCUUUGACUUUUGCCUGGGACAAGCCUGAAUCUGAUGGAGGUUUGAUGAAGAUGCCACCUCGUAAACCUGUGAAUCCCGAAUCCAUUGACCGUCAUCGCCGUACCUUGCAUCGUCGCCAGCGCUACAUUGAAUAUGAUGCUGAAGGAGAGGAAGUUAGACCACCCUUGUUCCGUCGUGUUUACAAUACCUUCCAUGAAUUGUUCAGUGCAGGCUAUUGGAAAGAAAAGUUUGAAAAGUCUGAUGAUGAAGUCCUUGUUGAUUUGCCAUUGCUGUCCUGGGCUUACCUCGAAAUUGGUAUCAUUGAAGCUAUUGGUAAUUUGACUAGUUACUUUGUCGUUCUUUGGUACAAUGGUAUUACGCCCUAUGAUGCUGUUAUCAUGCAACGUGGUGCUGGUUUCCCUACCUACUACUUCUCCAAUGGCCCCAACUACGCUCAAAACUAUCUCACUGCUACUGGCAAGCUCUUGGAUUCAGCUGCUCAAAAGCAAGCUCUGGGCCAGGCCCAAUCUAUUGUUUAUUGGAGUAUCAUGGUCAUGCAAAUGUUCAAUAUGUUUGCCUGCAAGACUCGUUUCUCUGUACCAAUUGGCAGAUACAUGUUUUCAAACAAGUACACGUUCGCCGGUAUCGCUGGUGGUGCUUCUCUUGCUGCUUUAAUUGUGUAUUGUCCUCCUUUCAACAUCCCUUUUGGAACCGAUUAUCGUUUAUUGCCUCUCUUCUGGCUCAUUGGCUUUGGCUUUGGCAUUAUCAUCAUUGCUUAUGCUUGUCUUCGUAUCAAGAUUAGACAAAAGCUUAGCCCUGUGUCAUUCAAUCCUGAUAUUCAUGGGUUGCGCAUGUAUCCUACUAUUCGCACUGUUGCUACAAAUGACUCAAGAUCUGUCAACAGAAUUGUUUAA